AUGAAAGAGCGGAACAUUGCCGUCCUGCUUCUGCAAGAAACUCACCUGACACAGGAUCGCCGCAUAGCGGUGACUAAACUCUUCGGGAGCCGCGUCAAAAUAUACAUGUCCGCGCCUGAUAGUGACCCAACGAAGACGGCAGGCGUGGCUAUUGUCGUGAACAAGAAACUACUAAACACGGAUGGCAUCCAGGCCAGCGAAAUAAUCCCGGGCCGUGCUCUCCAGUUAGCCAUUCCGCUGCCAGGGAACGAAGCACCGAGACAGGUGCUCUGCAUCUACGCGCCAGCAGACAGUCCAGAAGCGCGAACCGUCUUCUUCACGCAGCUGCGAGAGUACUACAAGUCCCAUCCAAACCAAGCGAAGCCAGUAAUCAUAGCUGGUGAUUUUAAUAACACCGAGGAUGCAAUAGACCGCUUCCCACAACAAAACCCAGAUAGCUCACUGAGCGCGCUUGAUGAUCUCAAACUAUCGCUUGGACUCCUAAUGACAGAUGGCUGGAGAGCGACCAACCCCACCGCCAAGGAACACACCUAUCGUGCACGCCGUAACGACCAAAUCCACGCGUCACGCCUCGACCGCAUCUAUGUUAACGCAGACCUGCACGAACACGCUGCCAGGGAAUGGGAAAUCAUUACCCCAGGCGUCCGUACAGACCAUAGUAUGGUAACAGUCACUGUGACCUCGCAACAUGCACCAACCAGGGGGAAAGGACGCACUGUCUUCCCAACAAAACUGCUAAAAGACAAAAAGCUCGCAGCAAGAAUGAAGCGGGAAGGGCUGAAGGUGCAGGCCGAACUUGAUGACCUCUGCGAAGGGCGCGCCACGCGAACAAACGACCACAACCCGCAAACCCUGCUGAAGAACUUCAAAUCAGCAAUACUGAAAAUCGCGCGAGACAGGGAGCGCGAGGUAGUGCCACGCAUCCUCGCCGAAAUCAGAGAACUGGAAGAGGAACUUCGGAAAAAACCCGAGAGAAGGAAGUGGCUGCCCUUCUCGGGCAAAUUGGCGAACUACGCCUCACACGACACAGAAUGA